AUGCUACCACAUGAAAGGCCAGAUAUUGAACCGAAGUACCAGCCACUGCCACCUAAACGUCCUGAUAUAGAACCAAGGUACCAUCAGCAUAUGCCACCAGGUCGACCUGAUGUUGAACCAAAAUACCAGCCCUUGCCACAGAGACGACCAGACAUAGAACCCAAAUACCAGCCACUGCCGCCAAGACGACCUGAUAUAGAACCCAAGUACCAUCCAGCUCCUUUGAGACGCCCUGAUAUAGAGCCAAAAUUUCAACCACUGCCUCCACCAAGGCCAGACAUUGAACCGAAAUAUCAGCCUCUGCCACCUAGACGGCCUGAUAUUGAGCCAAGUUUCCCUCCACAGCUUCAGAGACGACCAGAUAUAGAGCCAAAGUAUCAGCCACUGCCGCCAAGACGACCUGAUAUAGAACCCAAAUUUCAACCUCCACCUGUAUCGGCAGGUCGGCCCGAUCUGGAACCAAAAUAUCAGCAAAUGCCACCAAAGACUCAUGACUAUGAGUUCCAGCCUAUACCUUGUGUAAAGCCAAGCUACGACCCCCGUGAUCCAGCCAUGGCACCGAGGAGAACAGACUAUGCUUUCCACACCAUCCCAACCAUACGGUCUGAGAAUGAGCCCAAGUUCCAGCCGAUGCCAAUAAGGAGACCAGAGGUAGAAAGAAUACCUUUCUCGGUUCCAGUUAGUGUGGACAGCAAACCUCCACUGGACUUACCAAAACCGUACAAUGGUGACCCCAAAUUCCACACAGGUCCACCAAGGUCUAAUGAGGCUCAGCCAGGAUUCCAGAUGGUUCCUCCAAGGACAAGAAAUGGGGAGUCUACCUACCAGACAGGUCCCCUGAAGGUGCAAGCUUGUGAUGUUGAAACUUAUGGCCAGCCAGUUCCCCCCAAGUUCAUGGUGUCCCAUCAGACAUCUCCCAAAGCAGCUGAUCGUGAGCCUUUGUAUCAGAUGAUUGGUUCCAAGGUAACAGAGCGAGAACCUUUGUAUCAAAAAAUUGCACCGAAAGUAAGUGAAACUUUGUAUUGCACUGCGCCCGUCAAGCCUGAAGAUGAUGAUGGUCCUCCAUACACUGUGAUGUCACCAAAAAUAUGUGAACCGCCUCCUCCACCUUAUCAGACGAAACCAAGUGAUUCACGCAGUUUCUUCCCUCCGCCGUCGCCCGAUCCUGCAGACGAGGCCCCUGUAUACCAGGCAGUGACGCCAGAGAUGAUCCAAGACGUCAAAUCCAAUUACCGACUUCUCCAGGCUCGCAAGUUGGAGAAGGAAAUGUUGAAAUUACAGGGUGUCCCCAAGAGGAUAAAGGGAGAUAACUUGGAGUACCCCAGUGAGGGCCCACGGAGCGAGGGGGCACUGAGCGACGACAUCUACUCCAGCAUAGAGACAACGGACGGAGAUCCGCUUUAUCAGAGUGUAGGCGAAGCGAAGUAUUCACGGCCUCAGCCGCCACUACCUGCCCCACUUCGGUACCGCCGGCGGGCAGACGAUGCACCUCCGCCCUUGCCUCCCCCUCGCCUGACCACGGGACCCGUAGGACCUCACAAUCCUCUCAUAUCUCCAGGAUCUAUACCUCCGCCCAUUAUUCCAGAGCGAGGCCCUAUACUCCCAGGCGCGGGAAUGAGAGCAUCGUACCCAGGGACGACCAGCACCACCCCCAGUCCAGAUAACCUGCUCAUGGUGCAGUCGACGCCCACCUGGCCUCAAACAACACGGGCCGAAGAGGAGGACGACGUGUACUCGUCCAUCCCUUCCCUCAUUAGUUCCACCCCGGACUCUCCCCCUGCCACGCUUCCUCGCACGGCCCCCGUAGGACGCGUGGCUCCGUCGGCAUCCUGGAACUCUCUGGGCUCCUCCUGUAAAUCUUCCCUGGAUUCCCUGCGAUCCGAUGGCAGCACCAACGUACGUCAACGCAGACGCCGCGCACGCUCGGACCCCCGCAUGGACGCCGGGGUUCUGCAUCGCCUGGCCUUCACCGUGUGGCAUACUGCAUUACACAUCGAGAAAGAGGUCAGGAGCGGCGGCUGA